AGAAGGGUUGCUGUAACCGAUAACGAUAACAAGAAACUUGUACAUCUGCUGGUGCCAAUUUAUAAGUAAUUUUUCAAUUAAACUAACACAGAAAUAGCUUAAAAAACUCAUUGAAAAUGUCAGCUAAGCAGAACUCUAAGAAAUCUAAAUGGGCACUCGACUUUAAUGUGAGCAAAAAUGCAGAUAUGCCUUCACCACCUGGCUACAAUCCCACAGCGCUGGUGAAUCAAACUGAAGUGGUGCGUGAUCAGCGUUUGGUUAUCAAGAAAUCUUGGGAUCUUGCCUUGGGACCGCUAAAACAGAUACCGAUGAAUCUGUUCAUCAUGUACAUGUCUGGCAACUCGAUUUCAAUCUUCCCGAUUAUGAUGGUGGGCAUGAUGUUAAUCCGCCCUAUUAAGGCCAUCUUCACCACACAAGUCACUUCAAAAAUGGCCGAAGGUGCCCAAGGCACUGGACAGCGUAUCGUCUAUAUUUUGGGUAACCUGGCUAAUGUCGCCUUGGCCUUGUACAAGUGUCAUAGCAUGGGACUGUUACCAACGCAUGCCUCUGAUUGGUUGGCGUUUGUGCAGCCGCAAACACGUUUAGAAUAUUAUGGUGGAGGUGUUUCAUUUAUUUAGAGUUAUUUGUAAAUUGCAUUUAAUUUUGCUUUAUUUGUUCAUUAGAUAAAAUUUGUUUAAACACAGCAUCAACUAAAGUAUAAAAUAUAAUAUUGUCCUUCGAGCCCGAUCUGGCAAUUAAUCAUCCAAUAUCUUCUUGGCUUCCUUCUUGAUAUCCUUAACAAUUUGAUCGACUGGCGUGCUGUAAGAUACGUUACACAUUUAUUUUAGUGGUUUUGUCAACCGUUGUAAUAAUAUAAUGAUGGUUAGUCCUAUAAUUAAAUGAGUUUAGUUUAAGAAAACCUGGUAUUGUUAAAUGUAAUGGCAUAAAAUUUAUUUUAGCGCUAUUGUGCUUUCAAUUACAUUUGGAAGAGAUUAAAAUAAGCCGCUUGGUGGAUUUGUUGAUGAUGAGUAUGGAAAUAGCAACGAUUCAGAGAUUAUUUUUUCUCAUUUACUUUUUCUUGCCAUCGACUAGCUCGCGAAAUUUUUCAUUCAUACGUUCCACCACUUUUUGGGGAUUGUCGACACGAGGGACCUAUAAUAUCGAAAACAAAAAUUAUUAAUUAAAUUCUGGAGUAUUAUUUGAAUAGUUACCUCAUAGUUCUGCGACACGUAAAUGCCGGUAUAAACACCGGCCCCAAAAGUCAACUGUAAAAUACAAAUAAUUGUAGUUAAAAAAACCAUUAAUUAUGUUCACGCCUUAGAUUAAAGACCGUUGAAAAAAAUAAAACGCGACCACCGGUCCAAAAAGGUUUUGGCGGACAGGGUGGCAAGGAUUCAUACGACUGUUGGCAGCCACAGGAUGAAGAUUGGCUGCGCCUCAUUAAGUGCUGCAUUCCCAGUCCAAGCAGCUUCAUUUUUAACUAAAUAUAAUUUGAUAACGAAUAUUUUC